CACUAUUUACAAAAUGUUGACGAUGAUUGGUGAGGUUGAGGCGCCAAGGCCCUAACAAUGUCAAUAAUAUUAAUAUAAAUACCUAGUAAAUUAUGACUAUGUUAUGGGAACUGGGCUCUCAGUAACUAACAAAAGCAGUGCAUUCAAAUUCAGGGGACGAUGAACAGGCCUGGACCAACACAUGAUAAACUCAUCCAUCCUCAACUGUUUGCUUGUGCGAACAGAGUUAAAAUACCACAAGUUGGAGAUGACGGAAGAAAUUUCAAAACAUUCUACCUUGAACAAACCAUUCCUCGUCAAUUUCUGCAGCCAGUAGAGACAUACAAUAAGAAAUAUAUUAAAAAGAUUAGUGCUGAUUUGUUGUUUAGUGAAGAUGUUGUCCGUUGUCAUGCUUCGCACACACUUCCAUAUGAUAAGGAUGAUAUGUGGAAGUCAUUUGACCCCUCAAACAUUGUCCAAAGGGAACCGGUCAAAGUCUCUGGGGUCAUGGGAAGGUACAACCACCGUGGCUCAGAAAAGAAACAUCUACCAUGCCACAUAAAAACAGUGUCAAAACAUAGAUUAAAACCUCUAAAAAAGAAAGCUAAACUGCCAAAGCCUGCUGACAACCAAGAAAUAAAAGAUGAUGAAGGCAAGAAGGGAGUAGACGGACCUCAAGAUGCUAAUGUAUCACAGAAAUUGAGAGCGGCAACAUUCCUAACACAAAAUGACGGUGAUGAUAUAGAAGAAGCAGAUGCUGAAAAUCAACAGAAUAAAUCUGAUAGGAAAUCAACUACCAAAUGGGAUGAGCAUCUGUUGGUAAGUCUGAGCAAGAACACUGCGCGGUGGAUUGUAAAUGAGCGCCUGAACGAGGGACCACAACAGGAUAAGUUAAAGAGGUUGCUGAACGAUUUAUAUGGUGAAUCAGGCCACACAGUUGAUACAUUGAUCCGAGAUGAUGCUAGCAUGAGCGAUCUUGCCAGUUCAGAAGGUACAGAUUUACCAUCUCGCCAUUUGCGUCGGAAACCAUCACAGCAUGCAUCCUCAACUGUAUCUCCGCAAGCAAAAGAUUCAACGAAAAAGAAUGAUGAUGAGGACGACAUUAAUUCCCACUCUUUAGCCUCAUUUUAUCGUCUUCCUGGUGGUGUUCGAAGAGUGCAACGGCACCUACAAAAGGAAUUAGCAGGUGCCAUCAAUACAACCGCAAGAGAUAUUUGCGUCCCUCAAAAGAAACCAAAACCACCACCUACGUUGAAGGAUGUUAUGAAUGACGGUGUUGGUAACAAGAUGUAUGAAACCGAUAAUCAGUUUGAGCAGGAAUGGUUGUCAGGUGCACAGUUAGUGCCAAGGAAAGACAGUUCUAUUUUAACAUUUGACACCGGUAACAAAUACAGGAUGGUGAAACAAGAGAACUACCCAGCAGAUCCUAAGCAUUGGCACUCAAGUGAUAAAACCAAGAAAGCCAAAGAAGGCAAUAAAGCAGGCAAAGAGAAACUACCUCACAAAGGUUACAGAAAAUGGAGUAAUUUGCCUCAACCAGUUGAGAACGAAGCAUCUUUGUCAAUACACGAGGCAGGUUACGAUGCUGAGGCACACCGUGAGCCAGACCCAAUUACCAUGAAACAACAUAGGAGUAAUGUCACCCUCAUUAGAGUUGUUGAUGAAUGGCGCAAUAAAUGGCAUCUUGGUAACAAGUGGUAUGACAGUUCCAUAGAUGAGUUAGAGCGUGAUAUGUCAGACAUCAACGAGCAUGUGAGAUUGCAAGCAAUAGCAACGAUUGCCAGGGCUGCCACAUAUAGGCCAGCAGCAAAUCCUGGAGUGCCCCUAAAAAGCCAGAUCAUGAAAUGGAGAGGGACAACAACCAGUAUGAUGAUUGGUCUAGCAGGUACCUUUAAGAAAACUGGUAGUGAAGAUGGCAACAAGCCAGGAAGUGCUGAGGGCGUUUUACCUGAUAAGCUCUAUAACUGUGUUCUGAAAGCACUAAAUGACUCCAGUGUUAGAGUUCGAGUUACAGCAGCAAUGGCCUUAUACACACUCAAUAGGCCAAACGAAGAGCCCCCAUAUGAGGAUGCCAGAAAAACGCUUCAUGAUAUCAUCCGUGUUGGGAGUCCUCCAGAGCGUUGGGCUGCAGCUCAGUGCCUAGCCCACUCAGGUGUUUGUGAUUCGUUUGUGGUCGGAGAGCUUGUGAAGCAGUUUUUUGACAGCUCGGAGCAUGUUAAACUGGAGCAGUGUGUGAACUUGCUGUCAAAGUUAAGUGAGAACUCAACACUUGUUCAUUCAAUGAUCGCGGAACAGUUGAACAGUACGAGUUGGCAACAUCGUAUGAUGGCAUGCAAGAUUUUGCCUAAACUUCAUGGUCUUGUAAAUAAGGAUAUUAUGCAUAAAUUAGCAAACCUAAUGUGGCAUGACUGGCACCAUCAAGUCAGACGUGUUGCCGCACAGACACUUGGUAAAACAGGGCACGGCAAGGAGGUUCACAACGACCUUCAUGAUCGCAUCCUGACAGGAACUGAGAGGGACAAAGUAGAUGCAUUGCAUAAGAUUGCUCAUCUAGGCAUAAUGACUGCUCGUCUUCUGCCGGCAUACCUACAAUGUUUUGAUGACAGCUACAUAUCGGUACGUCUGUCUGCUGCGAAGACGGCUGGUAUUCUAGUAAUUAAUGAUGAAAAAGUUCUCAGGAAGUUACUCUUUAUGACCCAGUUUGACACCAAUUGGAAGGUCAAAGCCCAUGCUAUCCAAGCUCUUGGAUUGAUUGGUAAAGUUACAACUCCUAUCCGUGAUGCCAUCAUCUGGGCUUUAAGAUUUGAAACUGAGGCUGGUGUACGUGCCGAGGCCUGCUCUGCAGUCAUAAGCCUCAAGAUUACUGGAAAUGAUAUCUCAUAUAUACUGCAAGAUAAACUGCUAGUCGAGCCAGACCAGUUGGUCAGGAGUCAAAUCAUUUUAGCAUUGGAGUCAAUGGGAGUGAGUUCGCAAGGCGACAUGGACAUGGUGCAACAGAUUAAAGAAGAGGUUCGUCGACUAUGUACCCGUUACAAUAUAGCAUCCAAAAUAGCUCAAAAUGAAAAGCAGGAGGAUGCCGACUUGUACAUCGAUAAGUAUUUCAACGUUCCUCAGUCGCCAGAACCAUAUUUUGAAGAUGAUGACAUGGUAACAUCAGAGAAGACAAAAGCAGCAGCAAGCAUCAGCCGUCCAUCCACCAGACACAGUGUUCGGACCACAACGCCAAGCAUCGUUGUCAGUCUUGACGAUGAUUUUAAAAAUGGAAGCCCAGACAUGUCUUUGUUCAGGAACCAUGAAAAUACAGGUGGCCUCUCUGUAUCCCCAACAGGAAGCUGGGAGUCAUCACCACAAGACAGGAGAACACCAGAAGAAAAGCUUGAGAAGCUGAUUGACCUCUAUGAAGGAACAUGUACAUUAGAUGAGUAUAAAGAAUUUGCUCAUCCAAAAGAGACUGCCGAUAGAACGGAUGAUGGUAGAGUCUCGAGAAUUAACGUAGAGGUACUGCCGAUGAUCCCAGAGAGUGAAGCAGAAGAGAAAAACACUCAAAGAGAAGAUGGAAAUAAACCAGGAGAGGAUGAUCCAAUGGAUGAAGAGGUGGCACUAAGAAACGAAAGUGGAACCUCCAACAGUACAAUUGGACAAUCGGUGUCUGUAGCUGACCCGCUUGAGAGCAGGUCAGGUCAAACAGAGUAUUCUUUAUCUAGGAACGAACUGAGGACCGAGGAUGUGGAAGAAGGGGGCAUACGGCCAUCUACUGUCAGGUCAGACCUGACAUCUAAUGUUGAGUCAGUGGAUAUUGAGCAAUUUGAAGAAGCCAUUGAAGCCAUCAAAGGUGCUCAGUGUGCAGAGGAGGAGAUGAAUGAAAGAAUUGUUGACACUGGUGAUAAUUACCUCAGAAGUGUAUCACCUGUUGAAAGUAAAGAGCUAUCGGAGGCUGACAAUUCACAAUAUGAUUCAGAAUCGUCAGAUGACUAAAGUAAAGUAAAUGUUAUUUUGAAAGUGUGGUAUAGCUUUUAGCCUCAGAAUUUAUAUUUUAUAACAAAUUUUAUUUAUGCAAUACAGUAGUUUUUCUUUCUCUCUAGUGGAAUCAUCUCGUCCUAUUUUUUUGUAAUUAUGUGGUGCUCCAAAAAGCAACGUUCUUCCCAGAUUAAAUAUACCAAAAAACCUUCAA